AUGGUCCCCCAGGCUCGCUCCAUCCCCAUCCGCAAGGACGACGAGGUCACCAUCGUCCGUGGUGCCAACAAGGGCCGUGAGGGCAAGGUCACCGCCGUCUACCGCCUGAAGUACGUCAUCCACAUCGAGCGCGUCACCCGCGAGAAGACCUCUGGCCAGUCCGUCCCCAUCGGCAUCCACCCCUCCAAGGUCGUUGUCAACAAGCUCAAGCUCGACAAGGACCGUGAGUCCAUCCUCGAGCGCAUCAAGCGCGGCCGCGAGGCCAGCGCCAAGGGCAAGGCCGACGCCUAA